AUGGUGAUGGGUAGCAAAGAACAUGGAAGAAAUGAGAGAACAAUUUGUAGUUUGAAAGUAGAGAGAGGAUACAAUAUAUUCUUCCAGAUCUCAGCUACAGCUCAAGAGAUGGAUAUGAAUAAUGAACAAGAUGAAGAACUUAAUCUCAUUGUUACAAUGCUUGUUGGCAUUGUAGCUUAUUUGCAUAGGAAUCGUAGUGCAAAAUUUUAUUUUAAGCGAUCCGGUGAAACCAUAUCUCGACAUUUCAAUACAAUCAUAGAUGCAAUCAUAGGCAUGGAAGAUAACUUUUUAAAACAACCUACUCUUGGAACAGAGACGCCUAAUGAGAUUCGUGACAACAACAGAAUGUGGCCAUAUUUUAAGGAUUGUGUGGGAGCAAUUGAUGGUACACAUCUCCCUGCGAAAGUUCCCAUUGAAUAUCUGGAUGGGAAUGUUCAGCAGCCGAUUCUAGAAUUUUACAUUGUGUUACGCAUAGAGGACAUAAACUUACAUGUCCUCCAGGUAAUACUACUUGGUAGAUACAGGCUUUCCUCUUUUGGAACAUUAUAUUACCCCAUUCAGAAGUACACGAUAUCACCUAAACGAAAUACGAGGACGUUGGAUGAACCAAUGUUUGGCUUUGAAAAUCAAGUGAGGUUGGUAAUUGCUUGUUGUAUAAUACACAACCACAUUCGAGGAGUGAUGCCAGAUGAUCCACUUUUAAAUGAUGUUGAUCACGAGAUUGGCACUCAAUCAGCUCCUAUUCAUGAUCCUAUUGACAAUCAAUUGACUAGGGCUGAAGAUGGAAGGGAAGGAAAGAGAAUUCGAACACAAAUAAUGAAUGAAAUGUGGAAUGAUUUUAGUAGUAGACGCUGA